UAUAAAAAAAAUUUCUCAAGUCAUUGAGGGAAAAACUUGUAUUUUAAACUAGAAAAAUUAAAUUAAAUAUUAAAUUUCUUGACAACACUAGAGAUCUACCAAACGACUUACAAUGGUUUGCGUACCUUGCUUCAUCAUACCAGUUCUGCUCUAUAUAUGGCACAGAUUCAUACAACCAAUUAUGUUACGUUACUGGAAUCCAUGGGCUAAGAAAGACGAAAAUGGAAAAAUUAAAAAUGCACCAGAAUUUCCCUUUGAAUGCAAGGGCAAUGUGUGCGCUUUUGGUAAGAAGAAAAACGAACUGACGCCUGCUAAUGAAAAUGAUGAAACGGCAAAAACAACGGAUGGGGAAACAGCAACAGCUCAAACUGUUCAAGAUGACGUGGUUAAAAAGGACAACUAAUUUAAGAAAAAA